AUGUUCCCCUCGGAACCUUUGCCCGAGUCCAUCGAUCCCAACAAGGCACGGGAGCGGCUGUCUGCCCACCUGGCACACCUCGAGCACCGCGUGCUCCUUGUCUUGGAUGACAUCUGGAAGUUUGGAGAUCUGCGGGACCUGGUUGCGCUUGGAGAGCAUGCCCACAGCACCAUCAUGUUCACCACAAGGAACGCAAAGAUCGCCAAGCGGGCAAACUUCGAGCAGCACUUCGUUGGGCUGCUGGAUGAGAACCUGGCGAUGCAGCUGUUCUGCAAAUGGGCGUUUCAUGCCGAUGAAGUGCCAGCCGACAAGGCAAACUUUGCAAGGUGCGCAUGGGAGAUGGCAACCGAAUGUGGGGGCCUCCCGCUUGCCCUCACUGUUAUUGGUUCCCUUGCUUCUGGCUACUCGAUGAUUGAGGAGUGGAAGAGCGGGUUGAGGAAGCUGAGGAACUCUGGGUCGUUGAGCGACGACCAUGAGGAGCAGCUGAUGGCCAGGCUGCGCCACAGCUAUGAGGACCUCGACGAUGACCUCAAGAGCUUCUUUCUUUGCCUUGUGGGCUUCCCAGAAGACUACCAUGUCAAGGUGUCCGACUUGGUGGAGCACUGGACAGCGCUCAAGUACGGGGUCUUUGAGGAUGGUGGCCACUACAUCGAGGACAUUAAUGAGGGGUUGAUCGAUUGCUGUGCCAUGUUUGGCGAGCUGGUGGACAGGUCCCUGAUCAUUGUUGACCAGUCAGGGCUGUGUGGGUACCAGCGAAGGGAAGAGGACAUCGCCAUGUCGUUCAUUGGGUUUCAGGACAGUGCUGUGGAGAGCAUGUCGUGCUACAUGCACGACUCAGUGAGGGACAUGGGGCGGCAGGUCAUGAGCCAGUUGGACCCAGGGGAGAGGGACAGGCUCGUCUGUCCCAAGGUGCAGCUGCUGCGGGGGAAGGCCAGCUCAGUCACUGAACUGUGGGCAUGCAGUGACCCCUCAGUAACGUGGCCGGAUGGCAUACAGCUGCCAGCCUUGGCAUCGUUGGUGGCGAGAGAGGCGGGUUUGACCAGUCUGCCACAGUGUGUGAUCGACUGCUCCCAACUGCGAGUCUUGGAUGUGGGCUUCACAGAUAUGGCAGCCUUGCCUGAUGACAUAAGCACGUUGCAGUCUCUACAACUUCUGAGGAUUGAUGGCUGCUCAAAGAUCAGUGCUCUGCCUGCUGGGAUUUCUGCACUCCAUCGUCUCGUCAUGCUGUCGGCAAGAUUGUGCAAGUCUCUGGGGAGCCUGCCGAGUGGCAUUGGGGCUCUCUCGACACUGUCCUGCCUGUACCUGGUGGGCUGUGGCUUUGGAUCUAUUCCACGUUCCAUCGGCAACCUGCAGAACUUGGGAAAGCUCGACCUGAGCUUCUGCACCAAUCUGAGGGAACUGCCGCUGACGUUGGGGUCCCUGUCUCAUCUGGAGUGCCUGAACCUUGCUGGCUGCAAGAACAUAAAAUCCCUCCCAGACUUCAGUGGCCUCUCUUGCCUUAGGAGCCUCAAUGUCUCUGGAAUGGAGGGCAUCACAGAGCUGCCAGCUUCCUUAACAUCCCUAGGGAUGUUAACUUUGUUGGAUGCACAAGGGUGCCAAAAGUUGAAAUCGUUCCCAGAGGGAUCCAAGCAGUGGCCCCGAUUGAAGGUGCUGCAACUGCAGGGCUGCAACGAGCUGGAUGGCCUGCCCCACAUGUCGGGCCACCUCCAGAAAGUCAGCUCCUUGGGUCUGCCAUUAAUCACUGAGGAGGAGCUCUGGUGCAGGUUCAAGGAUGAUGCGCUCACUGAUGAGCAGUUUGAACGGCAGCUGCAGGCCCCUGUGGAGAUUUGUGGCAGGAAGUUGUACCUGCAGUGUGGGUCUGUGAAUGGGUCGCUCAGGGACUGGAUCUGGCAGCACCAGGAGAGAGUGGAGUGGAUGCCACGGGAGCAAUACCUGUAUAUGACAAUGAAGGGCAGCGGAAGGACGAUCCCACAGAUGAAGGCCCUGAUGGGCGUCAAGCUGUUGGAGGGCGAGAGCGUGGAUGCCGUAGACAAGAAUGGCAGGACGCCCCUGCACAAUGCAGCUGAGAACAAAGAUGUGGAAUCCUUGCUGAAGCUCAUCCGAGCUGGGGCCAAUCUUGAUGCACGUGAUGAGUUCGGCAGGACGCCGCUGCAUUAUGCCGCUGUGGCAGGUGCAGUGGAAGCAGUGACUGCCCUUCUACGUGCUGGAGCUGGUGUGGAUGCCAAAGACAAGGUGUCGAUGUGA